AUGGCAAAACGCAAGGUAGCUCCCUUAAAACAACUGACGAUAACAAAACUGGAACUGCAGGCAGCGGUGAUUCGUUUUGUCGAUAGGUGCCGAAGAAAGGGUGAAUCCGGAGAGCUGACAGCAUCAGAAAUCUCGAGAGUCGAGAUUAAGGUUCUGAGGGACGGGCUGAUUAGGAUAAAUGGUCGCAUAAACAAUCCAGAAGUAAGCGCAGCAAUUAGAACACCCAUAAUCCUGGAUGGAAAGCAUCACGCAGUCAGAUUGCUCAUUCAAUUCCAUCAUCAGAGAGUUGGACACCUGGGACGAGAAAGGGUAAUAAAUGACCUACGAAUGCAGUAUUGGGUAACCAAGAUCCAACUUGCAGUCAAGAGUGUGAUCAGAGACUGUCAGAUGUGCAAGAUCCGCAAGGUGAACAUACGUAUUGAGAGUUCCAUCAGGCCAUUCAUUAACACAGGGGUGGAUUAUUUUGGACCAUUGACCGUGACCAUCGGACGGAGGCAUGAGAAAAGGUAUGGAGUAUUAUUCACAUGCUUAAAUAUGCGAGCUGUGCACCUCGAAUUUGCAGCGUCCCUGACAACGGAUUCAAUGAUAAUGGCCUUCAGAAGGAUGAUGGCCAGAUGCGGAAAACCAAAGAAGAUCUACUCAGACAACGGGACAAAUUUCGUCAGAGCCAGACAGGAACUACGAGAAGUUUUAGAAGAGCUGGAUCAGUACGUGAUUCAGCAAAACCUGGCUACGGAGGGCAUAGAGUGGCACUUCAUUCGACCUGAAAGUCCACAUAUGGGAGGAUGCUGGGAGCGGCUAGUAGGGUCAGUAAAGCGAGCCUUGGAAGCCACUAUGAAAGAACAAUCACCACGAGAAGAGGUCUUGCAGACGCUGUUUCCUGAAGCAGAGUACUGGGUUAAUAGCAGGUCUUUAACCUACACAUCAGAAGAUCCAGAAGAUCCGGAAUCCUUAACACCAAACCACUUUCUGCUGCUAUGGAAUGCCGGUAGGCAUGGAGCACCAGGAAAAUUCAGCAACGACGAUUUGCUGCGAAGGAACCAGUGGCGGUGA